UUUUUCUAUUAACCACCCUAAUCAGCAAUUGUAUAUCGUUCGUUGUCGUUGAUAUAUUAAUUUUCAUUGGAUUUUUUCGUUUUAUUUUUUAUUUUUGUCAUCGCUUUGUUCGAAAAGAUUCUUUUCGAUUUUUUCAUUCUGUUUGUUUGUUUGUGUGUGUGUGUGUGUGUUUUUCCGGAUAAAAGCCAAAUUCGGCAUUCUUGUUUGUCUUUUUUUCAACGUUUGUACGUUUUCAGCUUUUUAUUUUCUUUGACAAGUUUAAAUUUCCGAAUUCAUCUUUAAUUUGAAUUUUUUUUCGUGAAUAUUAAUAAGACAAAGAAAAAUCAAAAAUGGCAUCCGGAGUUACUGUCGCAACGGAAGCAAAAACGCUUUAUGAAGAAGUGAAAAAAGAUAAAAAAUAUCGUUACAUCAUCUAUCACAUCAAAGAUGAACGAGUUAUUGAAGUUGAAACUACUGGCCCUCGUGAUGCCACUUACAGUGAUUUUGUAGCAAAAUUGCAAGACUAUAAAAAUGAAUGUCGUUAUUGUGUGUUUGAUUUUCCGGCCAACAUUCCGGUCGAAGGUGGUGGAGAAAAAAGUAACAUGAGUGUCGAUCGUUUGGUAUUGAUGACCUGGUGUCCGGAAAGUGCUAAAAUAAAGCAAAAAAUGCUUUACUCAAGUAGUUACGAUGCAUUGAAAAAAGCUCUUGUCGGUGUUUAUAAAUAUGUCCAAGCUUGCGAUUAUGAAGAAGCAUCGGAAGAAGCUAUUGCUGAAGCUUUUCGAAAAGGUGGCAAAUAGAUGAAUACACACAAUCGAAAAAUUGAAAAUAAUUCAUCUCAAUCUUCCCAUAAUAAUAAAAUUUUAAUCUCUCAGCCACAACCAAACAGCCAACGACCAUUGUGAAAAGCCGUUGUGAUUUUGGAUUUCUAUUCUCUAUAUAUUUUUCAACACUACUUAUAUACUAUUUAUAUUUGAAACAUAAAUUUAGGCAAAAACAUCGCUAUAAUCAAAGACCCUUUAUUCGAAUUUAUUGUAAUUCGAAUCUAAAUGUGCCCAUCAUUUCUGUUCGAACAUUUAAGAAUUUGGGUUGAUAAUAAAAAAAAACACCACCAAACAUACAUACAUUGAAUACAACAAUCUAAAUCCAUUUACCACCAUUUACAUCUAAAUUUCUAAUAAAAAAAACAACGUGGCCGAAAAGUCAUUAAAUUUGAAAUUUUUUAAAAUAAAAAUUUUAAUUGUCAGAA